AUGGAAACGGGAAAAGAGAUCCGGAGAACGGUCGUAUGGCUACCAGUGUUAGGAAGAUUCACUCGCGUUUCAAUUUUGGGUAAUAGACUGAAGUACGAUCCCACAAUAUCGCUAUCUGAUUUUACUGGCUUGAUUAUAUUGAUGAUCCCGGGUAAUCCUGGAAAUGAACAGUUCUAUGACCAUUUUGGACAGGAAGUUUUGAGCAAAAUAUCAGGAAUGUCAGAGGAAAAUUCUCUCUUCUGCACGAUUUCUCAUCUGAAUCAUGUCCCGAUGCCUCGAGAAUAUUCGGAAAUGAGUAUCUCUAAUUGCACCGAUCGCAUUCCAUUGGCUGAGCAAAUUAAACAUAAAUCCAAUUUUUGCCUUCAGUAUUUAACUAAAAAAACAAAACUCAUUCUCAUUGGACAUUCUGUUGGUUCUUACAUUAUGCUAAGGAUAUUACCUGAUUUGCUGAAGCAUGAAUUCAGUGUUGUUCGUUGUAUAGCUUUAUUUCCCACUAUUGAACGUUUAGCAGAAUCACCAAAUGGUGAACGUCUUUUGCCAUGGUUGAAGAUUUCGCAUUUAGACGAAUCCCUUCUGCAUUACAGUGAUCGUUGCCGUUUUCUCUAUGGAACUGAUGAUCGGUGGAGUCCAUUAUGUUAUGGUUUAGAAAUGCAAAAAAAACUUGGAAAAGAUUUAGUUAUAAUUGAUAACAAGAAGUGUGACCAUGCUUUCGUCUUAAAUCACGGAGAAGUGGUUGCCCAUGAAGUAGCAAACUGGAUUAUUGAAUGUUACGGCUAA